CAGUUACCAAAACGCCCACUGGGCCCAGCGUCCUGAUCAGUUGUUAAAUAGAAAAUUAUUAAAAACAAUGUAGAUUUUAGUCGUGAGUUUAGCAGUCUUUCUCGCUAUUUCAUUAUUCAAAAAUCCAGACAACCCACUGAUCAGACCCGUUGAAAUUGAUAGAGGAAGAGUUCAAGUGGAGACAAAGUGUUAUCUGUUUUUGUUGCUUUUUUUAUUUGACUGCUCGGAGUCACUCAUUUCAGGAUCAUGGAAAUGUGCACACGUUCCCAUGACGAGAUCGUCCACAUAAACUCUCUCUCGGACGACAUCAAGGCCCUUUAUCUGAACGAUGACUACAGCGAUGUCACCCUCAGGGUCGAAGGAGAAUCGUUCAAGGCUCACAAAGUCAUCCUGGCAGCAAGGAGCGAGUAUUUUAGGGCUUUAUUAUAUGGUGGCAUGAGAGAGUCAAGCCAGACGGAAAUUUCCCUGUGUGUCUCUAAUGUUGUUGCAUUUAAAUCGUUACUUAAAUACAUAUACACGGGACGAUUGUCACUUGCAACAUUAGUGGAAGAUGUCACGCUGGACAUUCUCGGCCUUGCUCACCAAUAUGGGUUUCAGAACCUGGAAAAAGCAAUCUGUGACUUCUUCAUCGACUCCCUCUCCACGCAGAAUGUCUUCUCUAUAUAUGAUGCGGCACGGUUAUACCAGUUAAAAAACCUAACGGAAACCUGCAAGACAUACAUCGAUCAGAACAUUCCCUCCACCUUAGCCUCCCACACCAACAGCUUCUUACUUCUUUCUGCUGAAGGGCUGAAAGAAAUAAUAGAAAGGCAUUCCUUCUAUGCACCUGAACUCGAGAUUUUUAAAAUUGUCCUUGCCUGGUGUGAAGCGAACAAUAUGAAAGGAACUCCACAGCUCCAGCAUGUUUUGAGUGCUGUUAGAUUUGAGCUCAUGUCUCUUGAGGAUCUUUGCACCGUUGUCAGACCUUCUGGCCUUGUCGCGUCUGAAACUAUCCUCGAUGCUUUAGAACAACAGACCAGCCUGCGUUGCAAUGCUCUUCGCUACCGUGGAACUCUUAAUGUAAAUGUAAACAUGGCAGAGCCAUGUUGGGGCACGCAAGUACUUCAAGGAGAAAUGAAAUCCGCCUUGCUCGAUGGCAACACGAUGAAUUACGAUAUGGAAAACGGCUAUACAAGACAUUCAAUCAAUGAUGUCCGGGAUAGUAUUAUUAUUAAAUUGGGUUCACAGUGCAUCGUAAACCACAUUAAAAUGCUUCUUUGGGACAAAGACUUAAGGUCAUACUCUUAUUAUAUUGAAGUGUCGAUUGAUAAAAAGGACUGGGUUAGAGUGAUAGAUCACACAAAUUAUUACUGUAGAUCAUGGCAAAAGCUUUAUUUUGAACCAAGAGUUGUAAAUUACAUAAGAAUUGUCGGUACUUACAAUACAGUCAAUCCUGUUUUCCAUAUCGUAGCUCUUGAAGUUAUGUAUUCUACAGACAACUUCGUCCUUGUCGAUGGGCUAAUUAAACCUCUUUACCAUAAUGUUGCAACAACGAAGGAGAGUGCAUCUGUUAUUGAAGGAGUGUGCCGUACAAGGAAUUCCCUUCUUGACGGUAACUUGGUCUACGACUGGAAUAACGGGUACACGUGCCACCAGAUCGGAAGCGGGGCUAUACUCGUGCAACUCGGUCAGCCUUAUAUGAUAGAUUCAAUGAGCCUUCUCCUGUGGGACCGAGACGAUCGCAGUUAUCGUUAUUACGUCGAAGUGUCUGUCAACAAGAAGAACUGGGAAAUCGUUUGGGACAAACGGGAAGAAGAUUGUCAGUCCUGGCAGCUCAUUGUUUUCCCGAUCAGGCCAGUCGUAUUCAUACGCAUUAUUGGGACAAAUAAUACAGCAAAUGAAGUAUUCCAUCUCGUCCAUAUUGAGUGUCCGUCAAUGAUGUGUACUAAAGAGACAAUCAAGAAACAAAAAUAUACACAUAGCCAGGAAAAAGAGGAGCCAAAAUCAUUUCAAGCCCGGGAAGAUUCGCUGUUUGGUAUGUCGAGACAGGUGGAUAGCGUAGAUGACUUUAUAGGACUGAGACGAAGGACGCCAGAGGAACUAGAGAGGCUUUUCCAGGAUUAACAAUCCCAAAACAACACGAGUUUUUCGCUUCAAUUUAAAUUGAGGGGGGAAACGAACAAUAAAUGGCGUUAAAGUUUUA